AUGUCGGCCACGUUGGAAGUCACCAUCGGCCUCGUCGUGGCCGUCAACUCAGCGGUGCCUGUGGUGGCCAUCCUGCGGCGGCGCCAGCUCCGCGAGUCGACCAUGUACCGACUGCUGGCCAGCAUGGCCUCCGCCCAGGCGCUGGUGGGCGUCACCUCGGCCCUGCUGGGUACGCUGAAGCUGCUGCAGAUGUCGCCACCCGACUGGGCGUGCGCGACGCUACUGUUCUUGAGGUCGGCUGUCGGCGCAUCCACCGUCGUCGCGCUGCUGGCACUGAGUCUGGAGAGGUACGUCACGGUCGUGCACGGCCUGCGCUACUUCGACAUCAUCACCGACCGGCAGCGGCGGCUGCUGCUCGCCGCCUCCUGGCUCGUCGCGGCGCUUCUCUGGAUCUUUGGGAUGGCACUCCACAGGGCAUUCGGGGCGGACGACGACGGCGUGUGCGACCACUGGGAGUCUAUUCCACCCACCUUCCGAAUAACCAUUUCCCUGUUCGUUCUUACAACCUACCUGCCCUGCUUGUGUAUCAACGUGUUCGUCGCCUUCGUGGCCUGGCGGAAGCAGGCUUACGUGUGGUAA